CGCAGACAGCAGAGAGAGCAGCAUCAGAAUACAGCAAAGCUUCAUAUUUAUGAUUCAAAAAUACAAACUAAAGAGAAGCACCUUGUGUUAGAUAAAUACAGCAACAGAUCGACAGCAACGCGCUGCACUAUACAGAAAAUUCAGACUACUGUGAAGUGACAGCGACCUUUCUUCCACCUUAAAAUGUCCUCCAACAUUUAUGAAGACCCAAAUUUAACGAUGAAUGUGAAAUACUGCAAAGGAGCCAGAGAGGAGAGCGGGGACAGAGAGGAGAGACUGGUGGACAUCUACCAGAGUGUGGACUCAGACCAACACGUGUGUGCACAGGAUCGAGGGGCACACUCCAAAAAGCAUUUUGCAGCGGUCCAGAGAAACCGUUUUAAACCCGCGGCACUGGUUCUGGGUCUGCUGUGUCUCCUGCUGGCAGCUGGAGUCACUGUGCUGUCUGUACUCUAUAGUUUAACGGCUUUGGAAAAAGUCCAGCUGCAGAUCAGUAAUGACGAGCUGCAGAGACGUUUUACCAACCUGAGCGACAGUUUCUGCCAGACAAAGGACCAGACAAAGGGGAACAUCACAGAGUGGAGGAGAUUUCGAUGCAGAUGUUACUUCAAAUCCACUGAGAGGAAAAGCUGGACAGAGAGCAAGAGGGACUGUCAGAGCAGAGGAGCAGAUCUGGUGGUAAUAAACGACAAAGCUGAACAUGAUUUUGUCAGUGAACAUGUAGAUUCCUGGAUCGGCCUGCAGCCAGUGAAAGACCAGUGGGGAAAGGCUUGGGAAUGGCAAUGGGUGGAUAAAUCAAAUACAAAUUAUUGGCCCUGGCAGCCAGAGGUGAUGCCUAACCCUGUACACGGGGCUGCAUCGACAACAUACAUUAAUCUGAAGGGACCCUGGGAUCAAACCAACGAGGGAUCCAAACGAUGGAUCUGUGAGAGACAGAUCUCUUCAGUCUGACAUGUGACAUGCAGCUGUGUUGUUAUGGGUUUGAUUCUUGCUGAGGACCUUUACUCUCUUUAUCAUGAGCUCUUACUGCCCUCCCUUAAAAACAUCUUAAUAAAGACAAACAUGAGAAAGUUAAAUGUAAGACAUUACUCAGAAGUGAUAAAUGGUGGAUUUAAAAAAAAGCCGAAAUGUUCAUGACGUUAAAGAAAAUAAAAUCAUAUUGAAAGAAACACACAGUUAGACUUUUCUGCUACUCUUCGAGCCUGAACAGUGCAACAGGUGCAGCUAAAACUGUUCAGUUUGUCCUGAGUGUAACUAGAGGAAAAGUCACAGGGAUCCAGAACGAAAACGGUUCAUCCACUGCGGUGCACGGCAGUACCGUGUGAAUUUCACAGAAAUCUGCCCUUCACAUCUUAGUGUCGUCAGGGUGCCAACACAAAUGUUUUCAGAGAA